GCGGUAUAUUCGCGUGCUCGAGUGGUGGCAUAUUCGCGUGACCGCCGUACUCCACAAUCAACAGUUUCGAUCGAUCGAUGCGAGAUUCGUCCUGCGGUAGAGCCCCACGAGGAUAAGAAGGAAGGACACUUUUUUCUCUUUAAAAGAUCUUUUUUCUACUGAGGAACAGCUAGGCUCUGGGCUCAGGUGGGGGAAGUGAGCGAGAAAUCGGGAGAGUGGGGCGGCUCAUUUAAUCCACUGGAGCGUCUCUCUGACUUGGGUCUUUGCUGGAUUUGCGACCCACGAUGGAUUUUUGGAGCUGUUGGAUUUGAGCUGCUGCUGCUGUCUCGAUCCGUGGCUGCCAGGCUAGAAUCCGCCCCUCUUGGAGAAGCUGUUGUGUCUGGAUGCGAUGGAGAGCGUCAAGGCUGGCGAGAGCUACGACUCCGACGAGUGGAGCAGCAGCCACGGGGAGGAGGAGGAUCACCAGUCUGUUGGAAUCAAGUGCGACAAUGGGUGGGACGAAGAAGAGGCUGAAAAAUCAGAAUGCACGUCCCAGUCUUCGUGGGACGAGGAAGAAGACGAGCAGGACGAGGUGCAGAGCUUCUUGGAAGAGACUCCAGAGUUCCGUGCUAAAGUUCAGUACCAAGUCAGGGUGGUGGCUCUUAUCCCCGGAUUCGAGAACUCGGGUCGCAAGGUCUCUACGUUUCCACACUUUUACAAGCUUCGUUUUGGGAAGAGUUUGCUGGAGAAGACUGGAUUCAGCUCUGCUGAUCUCCUGUGCAAGUCGAUGCCGCACGUAAUCCAGCGACAGGCUCUGGACGAGCACGGCCAAGUUCUGUUGGUGGAAUCGCCCAAGAACACGAGGAUUGUUGCUGGUAUAAGGUCGGGGCUGAGGAGGAUUGUGUUCCACGUACUGAGGCAGUAUCCCAAAGGGGUGAGCGCUGGCAUUCUCGACGAGGAAUGCUCCAAGUUGCUGGCCCGGCCUCUUUCCGUUGUUCUGAGCGAGCUCACAUAUGACACUCCCAACGUAGAGUGCAUGGUGCGAGACAUGGCAGACAUUGCCAGCUUCAGGCAGCUUUCUACUCCAGGAGGAUCAAGAGUCUUUCUGUCGAGCGAGGCUGAAGAUCCCACGCUUACCGACGGGAUUUUAGUCGGCGUUCCCCGGUUGCAUCACUCGAGUAAGUUUCAGCUCUUUGUGUGUUCUGCCAACUUAGCUUUGAAAUGUUUAGGCAAGGAGAAUGGCGAUUCGCAUGUCAAUGAAGCUGUCGCUGAGAUAAACGACAUUUUGCAAGCAAGGUUCAAGAUGAUCGUUUUGCUGGCACUCCAUAGUCGGGGCUUGGAGAUAAACAGGUUGCAAAAGACCUUCGCAGAGCUGUACACAGAAAAUCUCGACUGUAGAGUUCUGGGAUUCAGCCACAUCGAGGAGUUGCUUGGUGCUUGGACGGAUAUCGCGCUCGUGCAAGAAGAGACACGCAAGGUUUUUCUACGUCCGUCAGAGAAGAACAGCCGGCUGCUAAAGACUUUGAGCUCCGGGCUCCGUUUGGCCGUCUUCUCAACGUUGCUGAAAUGCUAUCCUGAUGGUCUGGAGCCGGCACAGGUGGUAAGCCACCUCCAGCAGUCUCAGAUUUUGGAAGCGUAUGGAGAAGAGCUGGAGCUGCAUCAGUUUUGUUUUGUGGUCGACGACAUGAUGGACUUCAUUAGAUUUGGCUCUCGGGAGGACGGGACUCUCGUUCUCAAGCUCAGAGAUUCCAGCUUCCCUGUGGUGGAACUUCCAGAGUGCAGCCAAGCCGAUGACGAGAUUGCAAAGCUUUGCUUGGAAGGAGAGGAGAGCGCCGCCAGUCCUAAGGUGGUGCAACUUGCGGCCUUGUACCCUCCAGUGGUGGAAGUGGAAAAUGACGACGAUAAUGGUGACGGGGAAAUGGAGACUAGCGGUGAAGCUCUGGAGCAGCAGCUUCGACUCAUUCUCGGAUCCCCAGCUCACGCCGAAAGCGGUUUGCUGUUACCAGAUCUCGUCUCAGUCUACAAGGAAAGAAGCGGACGAUCUCUCAACGCAACUCAGGUGAAGAGCUUCGCCUCUAGAACGCCGGGCCUGCUGCGGAUGAGCAACGAUCGCGUGUGGCUCAUCGACAGCCCGAGAAACUCGAGGAUCGUGUGGGUGACAAGAGCAGGAUUAAGGCAGGUUCUCUACUGGGCGCUGGUGAAGAAUCCCGGUGGCGUUUGGAGCGAGCUGCUGGAAGGCUGGUUCACGGAUUUCACAGGCUACAGUCUGGAAGCUAUUCUUCGCAGGCACGGGUACCGAGCGUCCAGCAAAGAGCCACUUCUGCCGGUUUGCGAGUUCCUGCACGACAUGGGCGAUCUUUGCAAGGGCCACAGCAACAGGACGGUGGAGUUUUUCACCCUGGCUGGCGGACGUGUGGAGGAUCCGGUGGAGAGCGAUAGCAGGUUCUUGGGAUUGAGCUCCGGAGAGAUCGAGUACAAUCCAGUGAAGCUGUGCUUGGAGCUUGACAAGGCGGUGCGUGGCCGACUUGGUGCCGGAGAGAAAGAGGAAGACGGACAACACAGCGAGAUUUCCAUGGAGCAAGAGCCAUUCCCGGAAGAAAGCGAAGAAGAAGAAGAGGAAGAAGAAGAGGCGGAGGAGAAGAGUAAUGGGUAUGAUCCUCCCAAGGCUUACGCAACGCCUCUUGUUGUGCCAUCGUAGCAGCCACAUUGGGAGUUUUCUCUUCUGGUUCUGUGGAUAUCUUCUGUCAAGCGAUGGAAGAUGUUCAUCGCAAGCGCCUAAAAAAUAAUCACUUACCAAGUGAAAGAACUCUAAAUGCUGCAAUGGCUACGACGCUUUCUAUGGACGCCAAGGCUCGUGUUCCACUUACAAGUAUUUUUUUAUCGAUGGAGUUCUAUGAUCUCUUUCAACUCUACACAUGCGUUUAUAUAGAAUACGAGAGAAGCAAAUCCAAAAGAUGAGGAAGCGCGUGGAGGAGGUGCAAAUUGGUAUGAGUAUCACGUAAUCAUUAAAAUAUGUAAUUCUAGUGGUUAUGCCACUGCAGUAA